AUGGGCCACCCGGACGCUGACCACAGGCGCGAGAGCCAGAUGAUUGCCGCCGCCGAAGCCAUGCGCGUGGCCUCGUGGGACGACGGCCUGCACAAGCCCGAGCACAAGGGCCUGGCCACCCGCAUCAUCGACAGCUUCAGGCGGGACUCCAAGGCCUUCAUCUCGCAGCCCCUCGACUUCGAGAAAGCCGGCUUCGAUGCCGAAGGCGCGGCCGCCGCCACGGCCGCCUCGCCGCUCAAGCGCAAGCUCAAGUCCCGGCAUCUCCAGAUGAUUGCGAUCGGAGGCUCAAUCGGAACCGGCCUAUUUGUCGGCUCUGGAAGAUCGCUGGCGGCUGGAGGCCCGGCAUCCGUUGUCAUUGCCUUUGUUCUGGUUGGUAUUAUGCUGUAUGCCACCAUCCACGCCCUCGGCGAACUGGCCGUCAUGUACCCCGUUGCCGGCGCCUUCUCCCACUAUUCUACGCGGUUCUUGGAUCCCGCCUGGGGCUUUGCCAUGGGUUGGAAUUAUGCCAUUCUGUGGCUGACCCUACUCCCACUGGAAAUUGUUGCCGCUGCUAUAACGGUGGGCUACUGGGAGGCCAGGGUAUCCCCGGCGGCCUGGGUGUCCAUAUUUUACGUCUUGAUUGUGGUCAUCAAUCUCUUUGGUGUUCUGGGAUACGGUGAGGCUGAAUUUGUAUUUUCGAUCAUCAAAGUCGUCGCCGUGAUUGGUUUUAUCAUUCUUGGAAUUGUAUUGAAUUGUGGCGGCGGCGCAAACGGUGAUUAUAUUGGAGGCAGAUAUUGGCACAACCCCGGCGCAUUCAAUAAUGGAUUCAAAGGCCUCUGUAGCGUCUUUGUUACGGCAGCUUUUACCUUUGGUGGCGGCGAGCUCGUGGGAUUAGCAGCCGCAGAGACGGCCAACCCUCGAAAAUCCAUCCCCACUGCUGUGAAGCAGGUUUUUUGGCGUAUUGUCCUCUUCUACAUCGUAUCCAUGGUGAUUGUCGGUCUACUGGUUCCCUACGAUGACGAGAGAUUGUUGAAUGGUUCUGGAUCUGCUGAUGUCAAGGCCUCGCCAUUCGUUAUUGCCAUCAAAGAUGCUGGCAUCACUGGGCUUGACUCCGUGAUGAAUGCGGUUAUCAUGAUUUCUGUGCUGUCUGUUGGCAAUGCUGCCAUAUACGGCUCGUCGCGCACGCUCACUGCCUUGGCUGAGCAGCACCAGGCGCCAGCCUUCCUCGCUUACAUUGACAAAAAGGGCCGUCCACUUAUGUCUAUCAUUGUUGCUUCACUUUUUGGGCUAUUGGGAUUCCUUGCAGCUUCACCAAAGCAACAGGAUGCUUUCGUCUGGAUGCUGGCUAUUUCAGGCCUUUCUUCAGUUUUCACUUGGGCCUCUAUCUGUUUGGCCCAUAUCAGGUUCCGCCGCGGCUGGAAAGUCCAGGGGCACAGCCUCGACGAACUUCCCUUCCGCGCUCAAGGAGGUGUGAUCACGUCUUGGAUUGGAUUCGUCAUCAACUGUAUUGUCCUCGUCGCGCAGUUCUGGACGGGCUUCGCACCCAUCGGCUACCACAAGCUCUCUACUGCUGGGCGAGUUAAGUAUUGGUUCUCGACCUACCUGGCUGCCCCGAUUGUCCUGGCGUUUUAUGUCUCGUACAAGAUUUGGAAACGCACGUCGAUUGUCCGUGCGAAGGACAUGGAUUUGAACACGGGGCGCCGCGAUCUGAAUCUGCAGCAGCUGAUAGCUGAAGAAAAGGCCGAAUGGGAUAGUUGGCCGAGAUGGAAGAAGGUGUACAAGUCCUUCUGCUGA